AUGCCAACGGCAGCGUCAGCCCAACGCCGUCCUGACGUCUUGCGCGCAGAGCUGGGCGACGUACGCGCUCUCAUCUCGCUGCUGCGUCCCAUCUCCUUUGCGGCGGUCGCCAACUUCUCCAUCAGCAAUGCCGGUAUUCGUGUCACGACUGAGCUCGCACGCUCUCUUCAGGCAGUUGCUUACGUGUCCGAGGGGCUAUUCAAAUCCUUUGUCUUCAAUCCGCCCGAGUCAGCGCAAGACAGUGCGGAGGACGACGAAGUAGAAGAGGAAGGGCACGAAGCAUCCAUCGACUUUGACAUCAGUCUCCUCACCCUCCUCGAAUGCUUGACGAUCUUCAGCGGCGUGGCCACGGGGUCCACGCAUGGUUCAGGCAGACCGCCUGCAGCUACAGCCGGAGUUUCGACCAAUGGUCUUCACCCACUCCGCGACGAAGCUGCUCAGCGUCUUGGUGGCCUGCCCGGCGCCCCCUCGGCCGUCUCCCUCCGCCUACAAUGGCGAGGGCCCGGCGUUCCACUGGUCCUCCUUCUCAGCCCCGAGGCCAACGCAACUUCACGCUGUGAGCUCUCCACCUUCGAGUCGGCGAUCCCACUCGGCUUCGAGUACCACCACGACGAGACACAAGCUCAGGCUAUCAUGAGUAGCGAGCACCUGGCCGACGCCAUGCAGGGGAUAGACGUCAAGGCGUGCGAGAAGGUGCAGCUCCUUUUUACGAAUAGCUACGAGCCAUCAGCGGGCGCAGUAGGAGACAGAUCAGCGGCGUCAAAAAGUCGAGUCGGUGUGCGCGCAUCGCAGCCCACCUCAUCCGCCCGCACCAACGCCUCUUCUGCGUCCUCCGCCCCUUCCUUGCCCCCCGGCCAAGCAAUGUUCAAACUCACUUGGGAUGGAGGUCCCAAUGGCGGAUCUUCAGACGUCGAGUUCCCGUACAACACUGCAAGCACCACCUCCGCGACUGGGAGCGUGCUGGAGAAGUUCACAUGCGAACGUCACACAAGUCACUGGUAUCGCUGGGCGCACGUGUACCACUUGGUCAAGGGGCUACAGGCUAGCGUGAGGUGUAGCUUGAGGGUGGCGAGGAAGAGGGGCUUGUUGAGUGUGCAAUUGAUGAUGCCCAAGGGGACGGGGGGCGCUGAGGAUGCUGGUGCGAAUAGGCAACAGAGAAGGGCAGGCAGGAACGGCGCAGGAGGGAUGGCAGGGGAAGCAUCGCAUGGCUUCCUUGACUUCUUGAUCGCCCCACUGGAUGAGGACUCCACGUUCCCGUCGACAUACUACGCCGAGUCUGAUUCAGGCGAUGAGAACGAGGACGACGAGACGGCAGACAGAAGCGACGAAGGCGAAGGCCUAGUGGCCAGCGGCAGGCGCAAGCGCAAGCAGAAACAGACGCCAGACAGUGAUGACGAGAGCAGAGCACCGAGCGCGAGCCGUCGUCAGCGGAGCCAAAGUCGCAGCCGCAGUCGCAGUCGUAGCCGUGUCGAGAAUGGUGAAGAGCAAGAAGAUGAGAGCGCUUCUCGCCAUGGCAACGCCAGCAACAAAUCGCGUCGCGUCAUCUCGAGGCAAGGCUCGAUUGAUUCUCUCGACGAGGAGUUUGAUGGAUGA